AUGGUCUUCAAGCCCUUUAAGCCCCCUCUGAUUAGGAAGACCGAGCCGUCGACGGAGACAAGCGAAGACUCUGACCAUCCAGCCAAGAAAGCCCGCCUGCAGAAGAAUGAGCCAGCCCAUGCAGAUACGCGUCCUCCGCCAUCAUUAGAUUCUCGAAAGCCAUUGGUACAAGUCAGGAACGGAAAAGAUUCAGGGAAAGCUUCGAAGAAGUCUGCCACCAAAGCAGGUGCAGGUGAACGAUAUUUCAAUGCUCUUUGGAGGAAACCGACAACAAAGAAAAACAAGACUUGGGAUGGAGAUGCUAUACUCGUGGCCCGCGGUGGUCUUUUAUCCUUGCGGGAUGUCGGAGGCAAAGACAUGGGCCGGGUGAUGUACGAGCAGGAGCUUGAACCGGGAAAAAUGCUAUACAUCUCUGGAAAGGAGGUCGAGAUCGACUCUGAGAUACCCCGUGGAGAAUACGUCGCCCUGAAACCAUCAGUGGAAGAGACGAAACCGGCGCCGACACCACCAAAACCGAGGAACAUGUCGCUGGCUGCGUUGAAGAACACUUUGGGACGGAGCUCUUCCAAACCGGCCGUUUUGAAUAUCACUCAGUCUUUGAAACGGAGCUCAGCGGUUUUGGAGAAUGAAACUACUCCCAAAGCAUCUACAACUCCGACCUUUGGUGCCUACAAGGCACCUCUGCUCGAGAACACGGUGGUUUCGUCGAGUACCGCAAAUGUCGUUCCACGACAUGAUCCCAAUGCGCCAGGAGCAUUGGUCAUGCCGCGACCGAAAUCGGUACCUGAAGGAAAGCAAAUUGUGGAUGUCGUGGUCGAUCCAUUGUUGGUCAAGAGUCUCCGACAACACCAGCGCGAAGGUGUCCAGUUUCUCUACGAAUGUGUCAUGGGCAUGCGAGAUUUCAACGGCGAAGGAGCAAUCUUAGCUGACGAUAUGGGUCUCGGCAAGACCCUCCAGACCAUCGCGUUACUGUGGACCUUGUUGAAACAGAAUCCCAUUGCCGGGAAUGCCCCGGUCAUCAAGAAGGCUCUCAUUGUCUGCCCCGUGACAUUGAUCAAUAACUGGCGAAAGGAAUUUCGCAAGUGGCUUGGAAAUGAGCGGAUUGGUGUUUUUGUCCUUGAUGAUAAUCGCAGACGUCUGACUGAUUUUACCAAGGGGCGAGCUUACAGUGUCAUGAUUGUGGGAUACGAAAAGUUGAGGACUGUCCACGAGGGUUUGGCAAGGGGUGCAGGAGUCGAUAUUAUCAUUGCGGACGAAGGCCAUCGACUGAAGACGCUGCAGAAUAAGAGUGGUCAGGCUAUCCAGAACCUCAACGCUACGAAGAGAGUCAUCCUCUCCGGAACGCCUAUCCAAAACGAUCUGAGAGAGUUCUUCGCUGCUGUCGACCUCAUCAACCCUGGCAUUCUCGGCAACUUCAAGGCCUUUAUUCGCGAGUUCGAAACACCCAUUGUUCGAAGCAGACAACCAGAAGCUACCAGCAAAGACAUCGAAAAGGGCGAGUCCAGAAAUGAAGAGCUCAGAGAGCUCACAUCCAAGUUCAUUCUCCGCAGAACAGCCGAUGUUCUGGCCAAGUAUCUUCCACCAAAAUCAGAAUACGUGCUCUUCUGCAGGCCGACUCCCGCUCAGGCAAAUAUCUACCAAGCCGUCCUUGAAUCUCCGAUAUUCCAAAAUGCGUUGGGGAAUGCCGAGAGUGCUCUUCAACUGAUCACCAUUCUAAAGAAACUAUGCAACAGCCCGUCUCUGCUGACGACCAAAAACAACGACAAGUCACCCAGCGAAACCAUCACUUCUCUUCUGUCCUCUCUGCCGCAGAACCUCAUGCGCCACUUCUCCCCUUCGGCUAGUGCCAAAGUCCGAGUCCUUGAUCAAAUUUUGGAUAGCGUGCGGUCCAAUACUUCGGAGAAGAUCGUGCUCGUGUCCAACUACACCUCGACUCUGAACCUCCUAGCCACCCUCUUGACAUCCCUCGGGCUCCCAUUCCUGCGCCUCGAUGGCAGCACCCCAGCCCAAAAACGCCAACCUCUCGUCGACGACUUCAACCGUCUCCCAGCCGAAAAGUGUUUCGCAUUCUUGCUCUCGGCCAAGGCAGGUGGCACGGGUCUCAAUUUGAUCGGAGCUAGCCGUCUCGUUCUUUUCGACGUAGACUGGAACCCCGCGACAGAUAUCCAAGCCAUGGCGCGCAUCCACCGCGACGGACAAAAGCAUCAUUGUCGCAUCUACCGCGUCAUUCUGAAAGGCAGCUUGGAAGAAAAGAUCUGGCAGCGCCAGGUAACCAAGCUUGGGUUGGCGGACAGUGUCAUGGAGCACAAGGAUAGCGUUUCGCAGUUCUCCACUGCGGAACUACGCGAUCUGUUCCGCCUCGAUCAAGAAAGCGUUUGCCAAACGCACGACCUUCUGGGCUGUGACUGUGGUGGUAAGGGUAUUAUGUCCGUGCCAUCUUCAGGUGCAGCAACUCCCAAGAAAGAUGACGAGUCAGAGUUUGAAGAAAUCAGCGACGCUGAAUCCUCAGACACACUCCCCGACAACCCACUUCUUUUGAAAGCCUCCAAAGUCGACAUGGAAGAACAGGAACGCUCCAUCCGCCAAGGUACACAUUGUGGACAGCGCUUCGCUAAAAACGGCAAAGGAAAGGCCGGACAGAAGGACAAGAUGCACCAAUCCCUAGCGCAGUACGCGCACAUUGACCCGUCUCUUCUUUCCGGUGACGCCGACGAGGAUCUCGCAGCAGCUGUUGAUGACGAUGUACUCGUUUCCCUGCUCAAAGAUGAGUGUAAUCGGAUCGGGUACAUCUUCAAGAAGACUAGAGGUGCAGAGGUUGAGGCCAAGACGCCCGAGCAGCUGGAGUAG